AUGGUAGAUCACAGAUCGCUCUGCUCAACUCCAGUGCUCGGUGCUCAGUGCUCCCAGAUCGCAGAUCCCUCCCUGAGCUCCCUCAAGUUUAUCUUAUCCGUUGGUGUUGGCUAUUGUGACUGGGGCAUCAGGCAUGAGGCUUGUGCUUGUCCAUUGAGUGGGUUAGGGAAUUAUGGACAAAUAUUUGAUACGAAAACCACGUACCAAGAUUCAUCUCCUAUGCAAGAUUCAUCUUUUGUCCUAGAUUCAUUUCCUGUGCAAGAUUCAUCUUCAUCUUCUAAGCGAAUUCGUGUUGACUUAGAAAAUCUUCCUUCAGAUCCUAGGCUACGACAAAAGAUAUCAUCUUAUCAUCCUAAUAAUCAUGAUGAAAUAAGAAGACAUUAUUUAACAAAAGGCCCUUGUCAACCUGUUCUUUAUGAUUACCCUGUAUCAUAUUUUUCUAAAAAGCCCCGUCGAUUUAGAUCCGAAUGGUAUGUGGGUAGAAAGUGGUUGGAAUAUAGUAUAGACAAGGAUGCGGCAUUUUGUUUUUAUUGCUACCUAUUUGGGUGGCACGAUGUUGGUAAGCAAGGAGGAGGUGAGACUUUUGUAACGAAGGGAUUCAAACUUUGGAAUCAGCUUGCAAAGUUAGAUUCUCAUGUUAGAGGAGUUAAUAGUACUCAUAACCAAGUUGUCAAGAAGAAUGAAGAUCUACUGAAGGAAAAGCAACACAUUCAAAGUGUUUUGGUUAAGCAAUCAAAUAAAGAUAUACUUGAUUAUCGGGUUCAAUUAAAUGCAAUAGUUGAUUGCAUGAGAUUCCUUUUAUGCUGGAGAUUAGCUUUUCGUGGUCACGAUGAAUCUCAAGGUUCAAGCGUUAAAGGAAAUUUUCUUGAGCUUCUACAAUUUUUGGGGGAUCACAAUGAAUCUAUUAAUGAAGUGUUGCAAACAGCUCCGAAAAAUUGCAAGCUUACCCACUCGGAUAUUCAAAAAGACAUUGUGAAUGCAAUUGCAUGUGAAACAUCCAAAGCCAUCAUCAACGAUCUUGACAAUGGGUUUUUUUCAAUAUUAGUUGAUGAGUCACAUAAUAUCUCAGUGAAAGAACAAAUGUCCCUCGUUCUUCGUUAUGUGAACGAAAAAGGAAUUAUUAUAGAGCGGUUCCUUGGUAUUGUAUAUGUUGCAAGUACUACCGCUUUGUCACUCAAAUGUGCUAUUGAAUGUUUACUUUAUGAACAUAAUUUGAGUUUGUCGAACCUACGUGGGCAAGGUUAUGACGGGGCUAGUAAUAUGCAAGUUAGUGGGAGGCCGCGACGCAACACACAACGAAAGACAAAUUUACCUCAUUAUCGUGUUGAGCUAUUCUACACAGUCAUAGAUAUGCAACUUCAAGAGCUUAACAACCGUUUUUCUGAGGUGAAUACCGAUUUGCUACUUUGUAUGGCUUGCUUGAACCCAAGUAAUUCAUUUGUGGCUUUUGAUAAGGAAAAGUUGAUACUUCUAACUAAGUUCUAUCCCUAUGAUUUUCUUGGGACAGAUAUUUUGGCACUUGACUCUCAACUGUAG